CAUGCCAUUUGAAAUAUCCAGGGCAGUUCCCCUACUGAGCAAAUUAAAGUGUGUUUUCAUAUAAAAAAUGGGAAGAACACCUUGUUGUGAGAAAGUGGGACUCAAGAGAGGCAGGUGGACUGAAGAAGAAGAUGAAAUCCUCACUAAAUAUAUUCAGGCUAAUGGCGAAGGAUCUUGGAGAUCACUACCCAAAAAUGCUGGGUUACUGAGAUGUGGAAAGAGUUGCCGACUGAGAUGGAUUAAUUAUUUGAAAACUGAUUUAAAGAGAGGUAACAUAACUGCUGCUGAAGAAGCUAUAAUUAUCAAGUUACGUGCAACUUUGGGUAACAGGUGGUCUCUAAUAGCAGAAUAUUUACCAGGUAGAACAGACAAUGAAAUAAAAAACUAUUGGAAUUCUCGUUUGAGCAGAAAAGUAGAAAGCUUAAGGAUUCCAAGUGAUGAAAAGUUGCCACAAGCUGUUGUAGAAUUAGCCAAAAAAGGAACACAACAACUAAACAAGCAAAGACGCAGGCGAACAAGUCCAUCAUCAAAGUCUAUUGCUUCAAAUUUAUCGAAACCUGAUCAUUCAGUAGCGGAGUCAGAAUUUUCAUCAAAUAAGACUAUAGUUCCUAUACCCUCAACGCCAAAUAUAGAGAAAGAAGCCUUAUCUAGCACCAUAAAUAUUACUACUAGCUCAUCGCAAGAAUGUGGGAAUAAUAUUAUAGCAAGUGGAAAUAAUAUUGCCAUAGAGCUAGAUAAUGAUCAAAUGCACUGGCGUGAUGGUAUCGUGCUAAUGGACGAGAAUGAAGAGCUAGGCCAAGAUUUCAUUUUCAGUUGUUUAUGGAACGGCGAAGGAGAAAAUUUUGAAAUAGUCGAGAAUAACAAUAAUAAUAAAAUACUAUUAAGUGAAGAUGACAAAAUUAUUGUUAGUGAUGAAACAAAAACAUUUAUGGGGGAUUGGGAAUAUUUGUGGGCAAGUGAAGAAGCAGAGCAAGAGAACAACUUGUCAAAUAAUAAUCAUCUUUCAUCUUGGCCGUUGUGGGAUAGUAAUGACACUGCAGGGCUGCAACAAAACAGCACGAACGAAGCAAUGGUAGAAAUUGAUUAUCACCAUAGUGACCUUGUGGCUUGGCUUUUGUCUUAAUUAGGAACUACUAUUCAAAUUUGUUGGAGUGAAUUUGUUUUCUGUUUUUUUUUUUAUGUAUG